CAGAGAGAGAGAGAGAGAGAGAGAGAGAGAGAGUCGCUAUCUGUGAGGUGCGAUGGUGAGUAUUCGGAAGAAGAAGUCGAUAGCGGAUCUUCGGACGAAAUCGGUGAAACAGGAACCACAAUCGUCGUCUCAGCCAGCGAGUUCCGUCGUCGAGCCGGCGGUCGCGACACCAGGAGAGGGACAGGUGGUAAGCUCUUCUCCUUCGGAAUAUGUCCAAGGGAGUCCACGGCUGUUUGCUGAGCAAGAGAUAAUUGCGAAGAGGAGCGAGCUCAGCCUCACACCUCCUACAGGUGACAGAGCGAGUAAUGCCGUUCAUCCCGAUACCGAAAAUUCGGCGCAGAGCUUGAAGAAGAGGAAACGGAUCUCGUCAAUUGAGCGAGAUCAUGACCGGACCAGGAACAGGGAGUGGGAUGGCGAUGAGCCCCUGCAACCCCCUCCAAAUAAAUUGCAGAGCAUUUUCAGGGGUGUGUAUAAGACAGGAUUGAAGUGGGUGACGCAUAUCCGUGUGAAUGGCAACACAGUCUAUUUGGGAGCAUUCUUUUCAGAGGUAGAAGCUGCACGUCUGUAUGACAGGGCAGCUUAUAUUUGCAAACGUCCGCCAAAUUUUGUCAUGACGGAUGAGGAAAAGAAUGCGCUGGACAAGCUCGCCUGGGAUGAGUUCCUCACAAAGACUAAACAGGAAAUUGCGAUUCUUGCAGCUCGCCAAGAGAAGAAGGACAGGAAUAAUAAUUCAGUGGAGCCCCCUCGGCGGGUGUCUCACUACACUGGAGUGUUCAGCACAGGAAGGAAAUGGGUGGCUCAUAUAAGGGUUGACGGCAGCACUGUGUUUUUGGGGGUCGUGAACUCGGAGGAUGAAGCUUCUCACCUUUUUGACAGGAUACACACAAUUCUUUUGAAGCUGCAGACGAAAUGCCUGAGCGCUACCCUUCGAGAGCGUUACCCUUCCGGAAGGUUAGUUCCCUGUGAGAUGAGAAACGGCGUCGACCAAUAUGUUCACGCAGUUGACGAAGUAAAGAAACUGAAAGAGAAGAGCCAGUUCAGGGGUGUAUACAAGAACAACUCGAAAUGGCAAGCUGGAAUCAAGGUGAAUGGAAAGCAGCUUCAUCUUGGAACAGUGUCUACGGAAGAGGCAGCGGCACACCUGUAUGACAGGGCUGCCUAUAUAUUGGGCCGUGAUACUAAUCUCCCCAUCGUUACUGCGGAGAAGGAAGACUUAGACAAAAUGACGUGGGAGGAGUUCAUAGCAUCAACCAAAGGAGGAAUGCUUUUAAAAAGAGAUUGCAGGGCAAAAUUGUCCGGGAGGGGAGGCGCUCGAUUGAAGACGAGAGGGAGGAAUACAGCGCAGUGUGACACAGAGGAGAAGCGUGAAGAUCAACCUGUAAUGGUGCAACCUGAGAGAGAGGAAGUGGCUCGCCUGUCCCCUCCUGUGACACGUAGAUCCUCGAUCAUGGCAGGUAGGGAUCGAGACCGGGAGUGCAGCCCUGCAAAGGACAGCAGUUUGAGGGCAAAAAGGACAAAGACCGACAGUGCCGGGCACGGGAAGGUCCAGAACUUCGACCAAGGAAGCGAUUCAUCCAUGCAUUUCGCAGAUGUAAAUGAUACGGCAAACGCAGCAGAUGAUACAGAGAGCAGGACUCGCUGGAUGAUCUCAUGCCUGGUGGAGGCCUUAGAACAACAUCCUUAGCUGUGGCACGAAUCAUGCGGAGCUGUAGGUGUCCAAGAAGGAGGGGAUUCCGAAUUUGAUUUCUUCUGCUGUGACAAAGGAGGCAGUUGCAGCGGUCCGUGAGAGCUGUGAGGAGUACUUGUGAUUUUAUGAAGUGUGGCAUGGCAUCGCUGAACCGAACCUGUAAGUUGUAUGCCCACAGAGAAUGUCUCCCGCUUCCUGAGCGAUGAACCAACACUCCUCGCCUGCUUUUAGUAGAUUCGCAUCCAUGACAGUCUUACUCGAAUGACUAACAGCCUUCACAAG